GAGGCGAGCAGCACGGAGGCUAGAAUUCGCUUCGGAAAUGAUCGCGACUGUAUUUUCUUCUGACGCGUUUGGCUGCUGGGGGUCGAGACAGACACACACCGCUUCCGCAGCAGUCAGCAAAAUCGCGCGUAUCAUAUAACUGACGCAAAAGUGACUCCCGAGCCGUGACCCCUUCCAUUUUUAUUAAUGAGUGUUUUUGCAAUGAUGGCUUGAGCUCUCCAUCAUCAGGAAGCCGGAUGCGCUCUUGAGAAUACAUCGUCUCUCCAGAACGCGCAGUUUCUCCAUCCAGAUCAGCGCGGACUAAUGCACGCUUGUUUCUCAGUCCGGUUCGUGUUGUGAUCCAGAUCUGAAUGUUCACCGUCUCCGGAGUCAUGGCAGAGAAAGAGGAGCAGCUUUACGCCAAAGUGACUCCACGCAGGCAGCGGCAGAACCGCGCAGGAACCCUGAAACACGGCUCGAGCCUGGACGUGCUGCUCAGCAUGGGCUUCCCCAAGACCCGGGCGCUGAAAGCACUGGUUUCGACCGGUGGCAGAAAUGUACAGGCAGCCUGUGACUGGUUAUUCUCUCAUGUGGAUGACCCGUUUCUUGAUGACCCCUUGCCAAGGGAGUUUGUGUUGUACCUACGCCCGAGCGGGCCACUGCUCCAUCAGCUUUCUCAGUUCUGGCAGCAGAGUCGCGUCAUGUGUGGCAAGAACAAAGCUCAUAACAUCUUCCCACACAUCACGCUCUGCCAGUUCUUCAUGUGUACGGAUGCUAAGGCCGAGGCACUGUGUGAGGCUUUGCAGACUGUCGUGGGACAGUGGCGAGGCCGUUUCCCCUCCCCCCUUCCGCUGGAGCUCUACAUCUCCUCCAACUUCAUUGGCCUCUUUGUCGACGAGAAGGUAGCUGAGGUGCUCAAGAGCUUUGCGGCUGACUUUGCCACUGAGGCUACCGCUAAAGCAGAUGUUCAUGUUGAGCCACAUAAAAAGCAGCUUCAUGUAACUCUGGCCUAUCAUUUCCCAACCAAUCACCUCGCCUCAUUGGAAAAGCUGGCUAGAGGAGUGGACGUGUCUCUGGGCUGCGAUUGGCUCGCCGUUUUGUUCUCACGGGACAUCCGAUUUGCCAAUCACGAGACAUUGCGGGUGAUGUAUCCAUACACUCCCCAGAACGAGGAUGAACUAGAACUGGUGCCUGGAGACUUCAUCUUCAUGUCUCCGGUGGAGCAGGGUAGUGCCAGUGAGGGAUGGGUUUACGGUACAUCUUUGGGCACUGGGCUUUCCGGCCUGCUGCCUGAGAACUAUGUCAACCGAGCAGAUGAGUGUGACACCUGGGUGCUUCAUGGGUCCCAUUCUUUCCUCAACUGCACCUCCCCAACUGUAAGCAUCGGAGCAGUAGGCGGGCUUUUUUUUGAUGGACAGCUGGAUAGACGUCUCCUUGAUGACCAGAGCUCAGUGGAACAACACCCUUUGAGUGUCAUAGGUCAUCCGAUGCAGAUGUUGCAGACCAAUAGCCAGUCUCGAAUGCCCAAGAGAACACUGUUUGUGUGUCGUCAUGGUGAGAGGAUGGAUGUGGUGUUUGGAAAACAUUGGAUCACCCAGUGCUUUGAUGCCAAAGGUCGUUAUGUCCGAUCCAACCUCAAUAUGCCGGGUAGUCUUCCAGCGCGGAGUGGAGGGUACAGGGAGUAUGAUAAGGACUGUCCUAUCACUGUGUUUGGAGCCACGCAGGCUCGAUUAGUGGGAGAGGCCCUGUUUGAGAGUCACACAGUUAUCGACUUUGUGUACUGCUCGCCCUCCUUGCGAUGUGUCCAGACAGCCCAUAAUAUCCUCCGAGGGCUUCAGCAGGAUGGGAAGACUAAAAUACGGGUUGAACCUGGACUGUUUGAGUGGACCAAAUGGGUAUCGGGUUCAUCCUUACCUGCCUGGAUUCCACCUGCUGAACUGGCAGCUGCUAACUUAGUUGUGGACACAACCUACAGACCUCAUAUUCCCAUCAGCAAGCUGACUGUGUCAGAGUCGUACGACACUUACAUCACCCGCAGUUUCCAAGUGACGCGGGAAAUCCUAGCCGAGUGUAAAGCCCUGGGAAACACAGUGCUGAUAGUGGCCCACGCUUCGUCUUUAGAGGCCUGUACGCGCCAGAUGCAGGGCCUCAGCCCACAGAACGCCAAAGACUUUGUGCAAGUGGUCCGAAAGAUCCCUUACUUGGGUUUCUGUGCCUGUGAAGAGAUGGGCGAGACUGGGGUAUGGCAACUUGUGGACCCACCCAUCCUCCCACUGACUCAUGGGCCCAAUCACAGCUUCAACUGGAGGGAAACUCUGCUGCAGGACUGAUAGGCUCCGCCUUCUUUCGGUUAGCCCACCUUUUAGCUCUUCUCGCCAAAGGCAGCUGAGAAUCACGCUGUCAUUCACGCUCUUCUUCCACUCAGUGCUGCUGGUGCACCAUUAGAUCUUACACAGAGCAAACACAAGCUUGCAUACAGCAGCCUCUCUGCUGCACUAUACCAUUCUGAUUCUGUACAUCUUUGUGUGUUGCAGCAAUGAUGUCUGUGUCCAUAACUACGCUCGUACAUUUGUGUCAUGCCCUUCUUACAGGGCAUGUUUACUGCUUGACUGACAUGGAUUAGUGUGAAAGUUCAAGGCUGCUGUGUUCAUAAAGUAGCUGAUGACUUCCACGUGUUUCCCAUCUCAGCAAGAGCACGCUAGCUGCAUUGAAAGUACAUCA